AUGUGUAUGGAUCUUUAAAAUUUUUAGGAAGCUUAAUUCCUACUGGUUUAGUGUAGAGUUCAUGAAGGACGAAGGUCAUAUCAGAAUCGUGAAUCUCUGCUUCCUGAGGAAAGAAUCUUGUGCCUUGGUUCUAGUAGAAAGCGGCCAGUUCUUAAAUGGGAGAACAACAUGGCUUGGCCAGGAAAACUCACUCUAACUGAUAAAACACUCCAUUUUGAGGCUGUUGGUCUACUAAGGCAGAAAGAUGCUGCAAGACUUGAUCUUACAAGACAUGGAUUACAGGUGGAGAAAGCAAAAGUUGGACCAUUUGGUUCUGUUCUUUUUGAUUCUGCAGUCUCUAUUUCAUCUUCUACUGGGUCAGAGAUAUGGUUGCUGGAGUUUGUGGACUUGGGAGGUGAACUAAGACGAGAUAUCUGGUAUGCAUUCAUCAGUGAAGUUAUUGCUCUACACAAGUUUCUGCGUGAGUAUGGACCAGAGGAUAAUGACCAGUCUCUAUUUCAAGUGUUUGGUGCCCACAAAGGGAAAGAAAAAGCUAUUACAGCUGCUAUUAGUGGCAUUGCUAGACUUCAGGCACUUCAGUUUAUGCGGAAGUCAUUGGAUGAUCCAAUCAAACUUGCCCAGUACUCAUUUUUGCAGAAUGCUCCCCAUGGUGAUGUUGUUUGCCAAACUCUAGCAGUGAAUUUUUGGGGUGGACCAGUAGUUACAAGAUUUACAGAGGAAGGGCUUCAACAAGCUGAAGAAGUGAGACCAUCUAGAGAAGCAUCUGAAAAUAAUAAUCACAUAAUUGAUGUGGAUGGAAGUGUUUUCUUACGAAAGUGGCUAAGGUCACCAUCUUGGUAUUCCAGUGCUUCAGUUAGUUUCUGGAAGAACUCUUCAGUUAGACAAGGAGUAGUAUUAAGUAAAAAUCUUGUCGUAGCUCAGAUGACUCAUGUAGAAAGGGCAGCUCUAAUAUGUAAAGAAAAGUUCCAGGUGGUUGAGAAAACUCAAGCCACAAUUGAUGCUGCAACACUCAAAGGGAUUUCUAGUAACAUUGACCUCUUCAAGGAACUUAUGCUUCCUCUGGCAAUAACUGCCAAGAAUUUCGGAAAGCUAAGACGGUGGGAGGAGCCAUACCUGACAGUUUCUUUUCUUGUGUUUGCAUAUACAAUUAUUUUCAGAAAUCUGCUGUCAUAUGUUUUUCCCAUGGGGUUGAUGGUUUUAGCAACUGCAAUGCUAACUGUAAAGGGUCUCAAGGAGCAAGGUCGCUUGGGCAGAUCUUUUGGGAAAGUUACCAUCCAUGAUCAGCCACCUUCAAAUACCAUUCAGAAGAUUAUAGCUGUAAAAGAUGCCAUGCGUGAUGUGGAAAAUUAUCUCCAGAAUCUGAACGUUACCCUUCUGAAACUACGGACUGUUGUUCUUGCAGGUCAACCUCAGAUAACGACCGAGGUUUCUCUGGUGUUGCUAGCUUCUGCAACCAUUCUCCUCAUUUUUCCUUUCAAGUUUGUCCUUGCAUUUCUUAUCUGUGAUCUCUUCACUCGAGAGCUUGAGUUCAGGAGAAAAAUGGUCAAGAGGUUCAUAAGUUUGCUAAAGGAACGUUGGGUCACAGUGCCAGCAGCCCCGGUUGUUGUAUUGCCAUUUGAAGAUGAUGAGUCCACAUCAUUGAAUCAAAGAGAAACAGGUGUACAAGCAAUCGGAAAAAGAACAGGGCAGAAGCAAACCUAGACAGGUUCUAUCACCUACAAUUUCUGCGUAUUAUUUUGGUGUGACCUCAGUACAUGUGAAAUGUCCGAAAUUUCUUCUUUUCUUUGUAUAGAUAUCAGAGCACAGUCAGUACAACAAUCAAAACAAGAGGAAAAAAAAAAAAAGCACAAUAAGUACAGAGCCAGUUUUUCUUCCUGGCAAUAUAGUUUUGAUUGUUAGUUGAUGGCUCUGAGCUGUACAGUUUUUGACAAACAUGAAUCCAAAGCAAGAUUGGAAAUUGUAUUGUAUUCAGCAGAUCAUAUGCUCAAUCAGAACACGUAUAUUUACUUGAGCAAGGUUUAGGCUGUUUGAUGAAGCUUAUUCUGUUUCUAUAUAACAAACUGCCCACCUUUGGUUCCUCGUUUCUGUCUCAUUGAUCACUUGUGUAAUUUUGAUGGAUAGAAAGCAGGUGGAGAUGGUUAGUUCUCUCUAAUACAGAUUUUGCUGUUGG